AUGGAUCUGCCCACAAAACUACUUCAUUUUGUCUUCGCAAGAGAUGGGACAAAUGGCGCACAGGAGCUUCUCAUUCUCCUCCAGAAUCCUUUUGCUGGACAGCUAAAACAUGCCGACGAGCAACACGCUCCGCCCCAGGUGGGCAAAGGCUUUUUUGCCUGGAUCGGUCCUCUAUGGAAAACCAACGAGCAGGAUCUUGUCCGGCUGGUCGGCUUGGACGCCACCAUCUUUAUGCGGUUCACUGCCAUGUGCCGCAACAUUUUCACCGUUAUCGCCAUUCUCGGCUGCUCUAUCCUAAUUCCCGUUAAUUAUACGAAGAGUGUGCGUUUUCCGAACGACGUCUGGCUCAACAUGAUGGGCCCGUUGAAUGUCUACGGCGACCCACAGUGGAUGAACGUGGUCAUGAUCUGGACCAUGAACAUGAUUGUGGCUUUCUUCCUCUGGUGGAAUUACAGACAGAUUCUCAAGCUCAGGCGGCAGUACUUCGACAGCCCAGAGUACCAGAUGAGUCUGCAUUCUCGCACCCUGAUGCUGUAUGAUAUUCCCAAAAAAUUCAGCUCCGACGAGGGUAUCGCGCGCAUUAUAGACAAAGUCGCCCCCAGCUCGUCUUUCUCCCGCACCGCCGUUGCGCGCAAUGUCAAGAUUCUGCCGCAGCUGAUCAAAGAGCAUGAAAAGACAGUACGCAAGCUGGAAGAGGUGUUGGCCAAGUACCUGAAGGACCCUCAGAAUCUGCCUGCUGCCCGGCCCUUGUGCUUCCCGUCAAAGAAAGAUCGGUCGUAUGCGACGUAUCCCCGGGGCCAGAAAGUUGACGCCAUUGAAUACCUCACACAGCGUAUUCGCGAGCUCGAGCUGGAGGUGAAAGAUGUGCGCCAGAGUGUCGACAAACGGAACACAAUGUCCUACGGCUUUGCCUCUUACUCAGAAAUCAGCGAGGCGCACGCAAUUGCGUAUGCUGCACGCAACAAGAAGCCGCAUGGAACCAUCAUCAAGCUUGCCACACGCCCGAACGACAUUAUUUGGGACAACAUGCCUCUAACUGCUGCUACUCGAGGCCGUCGCCGGUUCCUAAAUAAUGUCUGGAUUGGUCUGCUGACCAUGUUUUGGAUCGCUCCCAACGCCAUGAUUGCCAUCUUUCUCGUUAGCCUGAGCAAUCUCGGCCUGGUCUGGCCGGCCUUUCAGACACAGUUGGAGACGAAUAGCGUUUUUUGGCAGAUUGUUCAGGGUGUGGCGUCACCAGCCGUGACCUCUGCCGUUUACCUACUGCUGCCUAUCGUGUUCCGACGCCUGGCCAUCCGAUCUGGCAACCAGACGAAGACUGGUCGCGAGCGCCACGUCUUGGCGAAACUGUACUCGUUCUUUGUCUUCAACAACCUCAUCAUCUUUUCGCUCUUCAGCGCCAUCUGGACGUUUAUCUCGGCCGUGGUGGACAAGACCAAUAGCGGAGAAGACGGCUGGAAGGCGAUUGUGUCUUCUCAACCCGGCAACACCUUCCUUAGCAGUCUCUGCAACAUCUCUCCUUUCUGGAUCACUUGGCUGCUGCAGCGGCAGAUGGGUGUCGCGAUCGACCUUGCUCAGCUGUGGAAGCUCUUGUGGAGCUUCAUCAAGCGCAAGUUUUCUAGCCCGACCCCCCGCGAACUGAUUGAGCUUACGGCACCGCCUACCUUUGACUAUGCCAGUUACUACAACUACCUGCUGUACUACUCAACCGUGGCUCUCUGUUUCGGCUGCAUUCAGCCUCUCGUCUUGCCGGCUGCCGCAAUCUACUUCACUGUCGAUGUGGUGCUGCGCAAGUAUAUGAUUCUUUACGUUUUUGUCACCAAGACGGAAUCCGGCGGACAAUUUUGGCGUGUCCUGUUUAACCGAUUCAUCUUCGCUAUCAUUCUGGCCAACCUUGUCGCGUUCCUAAUAGUGUUUGUUCGCGGCAAUGCCAACCAUUACCAGUCCUACGCCAUUGCUCCGCUGCCUUUCCUUCAGCUGAUAUUCAAGCUUUACUGUUCUCGCACCUACGACGACAAGAUACGCUAUUACACGACACGGAACGUCCUCGCAAACCCGGAAGCCGGCUUGGACAUUGCGAGCAAGGAGAUUAUGCGCAGCGACCGACUGAGCACCCGUUUUGGUCACCCGGUUCUGUACAAACCGCUUAUUACGCCAAUGGUGCAUGCCAAAGCCCAGAACAUACUAGCCAGCGUGUAUUCCGGUCGUCUGACGGCAGGCCGGGAUGCUGGCAGUGGCGAUUCGGCAUCGGUGUCGGGCUAUUCGGAUACAUAUGUACUUGACCGGAUGAACUCGAAGCAACCCGGCAAGACUGCGAUCGGAGGCGGUGUGGCUAUGCCCGGGUUCGAAGUGGUGCCCGAGUCAAAGCUGGACUUUGGUUACUACAAGAACCGGGACGAAUUUGGCGACGAUCACGGCGGUGGUGACAUUUUUGGCGUGUCUGGAGAUCUUGUCCGACCAGGCACACCCGGGAGCAUUAUGACCAGUGUAGACUCCAGGCCAGGCACUCCUCUGGGUGGCAUGACAGGACAGCGGCAGUUUUCGGCAGCCAAUGCGAUGCCCGGCGGGCCAGAAGUAGGGACGGUCUACGCACCCGGGUACAACAAGCCUGGCGCACCGCAUUUCGUGGCAAGCGCUGUGCGGACACAGUCUCCAGCACCCUAUGGAAGUGCGCAAUGGUCCACAUCGCCCAGUGCUAGCUCGAUGCGCUUGGGCCCUGCGCUGGAGGUAACGCGCAUGCGCUCACCUUUAUACGGGGCGGGGUCUGGUGGAAAUGACAGCUCGAGUGACCUGAUGGGCAAUGCAGCACCCAUGGCGGUUGCAGCUCCCGUGGCGAUGUCGUACGGGCCGCGAAGCGGCUCAGCACAACCGGGGGCGCCGAACAGGGCAGCCAGCGGCGCGGCGAACUCGAACUCGAGCGACUGGAACGUGGAACGUGCAAUGGGCUCUACGCGUGGGCCGAGCGGGUACACCCGAGGGCUGCAGGGCUACGGCAACCUGCCGCAAGAGGACCAGGACGCAGACGGAGGAGAGCCGACACAGUACGACUACUUCCGAGGACGAGCCGCACAACGAAAUGGCGGCGACGGAUAUAACGGCAUGGACAGCGUUGGUAGAAGGCCGCUGAACUAG